UUCCAGGCGAUGCUUUUGCCUUUUUUUGUGCAGGACAAUCCAGACUCCUCCCUCUGCACAACGUCACCCGAUCCCGAUCUCUCCCAGAGCGUCAGCGCUAGUCAGCAGCACACUGUGGAGGCAGAUGAGCGGGGCGCUGCGCAGACCGGGAUAAACCAGGACAAAGAUAAAGAUAGCGGGAUAAUAAAGAUCCACUCUGGGUUUCAUCCACACAAUAAGAAAACACGAGGAAAGGAGAAGGGGGGUUUGCAUCCCACCCAGCAUUCCCACAGUUCCAACAACUUCCCCGGCCUGCUGAUCUGAUCGCUCCGGCUGCUCGUGUGGCUCAGUACUGCAGACAACAGACAAACCGGGACAACCGGGAACUUAAGGAACUACAACCAGGACGGUGCCAGCAGAUCUCUGUUAUCAAGGUGUCCAUUUGCAGACGGAAGGAGGAAAAAGAGGCGACAUUUCCCCCCUGGAGGAACUCUCCAAGUGUUGUAAAGUUCCCAGCAGCAUCGAUCGAGGACCUCCCGCCCACUUUACCUCUGAUCCCCGCUAGUGGAAGCAGGGAGAGAGAGAGAGAGUCGUGCAGCUCUGCGGUGGAUGGAGAGAGAGACCACGGCUGGAUGGUUCCACUAGAAGAGAGCUGCUCUCACAACAACUCUCCUCACACUGCUGUCUCAUAGAAGACUCCAUCAUCUCAAACUGCUAAUCUGCAGCUCGGAUCUCAUAUAUUUUGUAGGUUGUACUUAGUGCUCAACUCUCCUCCAGCAGAGGGAUCCGCCGCAGCCGUCACAUUGAUGCUUUGGCUCGGAGACGCGCAACACCGAUCCUUUAGUUCAGCCAAAGUGUCCUACAGCUCAGCGAGGGAGGUGGACUAAGAGCUUUUGUGCCGAAGUGGGAUUUUGCAGAAGUUGCAUGCUUGGUCUUUGUCGUCUGGAGUGAGCCCCCCCCCCCCCCCGGUCAUCCACUCUCAGGUUAUCAGACCAGAUCCGGAGGAGAGAUAGUUUCUGGAGCCAUGACGAUGUGUGUGGAGAUGUGGAUACUCCUGCUGGCGCUGCACGUCCAAGCUGGCAGCGGGCAGAUGGUAAAGAUGGACUCCAGCAAGUCCGGCUUCGUGGGUUCACAAGUGGAGCUAAGCUGCAUUUUCAUCAACAGCAACCCGCCGGUGAAGAUCUCUCAAGUCACCUGGCAGAAACUGCUUAACGGAACCAAGCAGAACGUGGCCAUAGCCAACCCGGCCCUGGGCGUGUCCGUCCUGCCGCCCUUCAAGGAGCGGGUCAGCUUCAAGCAGGCGGCGGUUCGCCAUCGCACGCCCUCGCUGGAGGACACCACCAUCGUGUUCUCUAACCUGCAGCUGUCUGAUGAGGCUGCCUACAUCUGCGAGUAUACCACAUUUCCUGCGGGAAACCGGGAGAACAUGGUCAACCUCACCGUAUUUGCUCGGCCUAUGACACGCAUGACCUUGACAACGCCCACGAUCGUGGCCAGGGCCACAAAACGCAAGAUGACCGUCGCCACUUGCGUGUCAGCCAAUGGGAAGCCCCCAAGCGUGAUCAAGUGGGACACCAGGUUGAAGGGAGGCGAGGCCACUUUCCAGGAGACUCGCAACCAAAACGGGACGGUGACGGUACGGAGCAACUACGUGGUGGUGCCGAGCCGCGAGACCCACAAGCAGAAGCUCACGUGCAUCGUGACGUACCAGAAGGAAAGGAUCACAGACAGCGUGGUGCUCAACGUGCAAUACGAACCUCAGGUGAAGAUCGAGGGCUUUGAUGGAAACUGGUACAUGAACCGUCAGAAUGUCCAGCUGACCUGCAGGGCUGAUGCUAACCCCCCUGUCACGAUCUACCAGUGGAAACUCUUAAACGGCUCCCUGGCAACUGAUAAGGUGGAGAUCAAGAACAACACUCUGUUCUUCAAGGGACCGGUGACCUACGAACUGACCGGCACGUAUGUGUGUGACGCGACCAACAGCAUCGGGACUCGCACUGGCAUCGUGGAUGUCAACAUCACAGAGAAGCCGAUGCCGCAGGGUCCCCCAGGUGGUGUUAUCGGGAUUCUUGGAGGUGUCGUUGCCAUCGGGCUCAUCGUUGGCGUGGCCGUUACUGUUUUCAUGGUCCAUCGGCGGCAGCAGAAGACCCGCACUGAGACAGAUAAUGACCUGACCGACCUCCCACCCGCCCACAAACCAGCCCCGCCUCCGCCCAAAAAGAAGAACAGCGACAUGAAGGGACACUUGACAUCCGAUGACAUCCAGGUGGUUCAUCUCGACAAGGACGAGGAAAUGCAGAAGCUUCCUCUUCAGCCUCCUUAUUACGACAUGGCGCCCUCUGAGUCGACCCCCUUCACUGAUAAGCCGGACUCUGGGAGUCAACCAGAAGAGCUGUUGAACCCGGCUGAAUACAUGAGCUACCAGCGCGUCUGCAACAUGGAACACUUCCCUGAGUCUCAGCCCGCUCCAGCCUACCCUCCUGUUACUUUCUUGCCUCAGCACCCCUACGCGCAGCAACCUCCCAACGAGCCCACGUACUCCAACACCAGCUUCACCGCCCCCGGCCCUCGAGCUCCGUUCACGUUCCCCAAGGAGCAAUCCGUGUGACACGCUACAUAACUCUUAGCUCCGCAAGAGGCAACAUGUUAGUGCCACAUAACGCUUCAUGGAAAACAAAGCUCUGCUGAACGGAUGUGCAUCCAUUCCCACCUUGCUUCCGUUUGUUCUGUAAAGCUUAAAACACGUGUGGGCUCCCCCCCCCCCCCCCCCCCCCCCCCCCCCCCCCCCGCCAUGAUGAAGAUAAUUUGUGCCCCUGAAUCCCCUGUGUAUUGUGCACUGCUUGCUCCACUGAGGCUGUCUGUAGGACCCCCACUCACCUUGUGAUGUUAGCAUAGCCGACACCAACCACCCUCUCCCACCACCCUUCCCCCCUCUCCAGUGUCCACUCAUCCUGUUUGUUUUUGAUUGCUUCCUCACCUUUGGAUAAUUUGCGUUUUUUUUGCCAACCGUCUAAACCGUGUACAGAAUAUGCCAUUGUAUCACUCGAAAUGUUAUUUUGUUUCUUCUUUUUUUUUACAUUUCCCACAGUGGUAGUGACCUUUUUAUAGCAACGUGCUUCUUUGGUUUGUUUUCUGUUUGUCUGUCAAUCAUAUGCUUGCUUCUUUGAAAGUCAUAUACUGUACUGUAUGUGUGAUCGGGUGUGUUCUGGUGAAAAAAAAAAAGCCAUUUGAUUUGUAAAGCCAAUUAUCAAUCUAUAAUGACAUGGACUACCCCUUUAAUGGCAGUUAGUGACAAGGUUGUAACGUGACGAUGUGAAUUAGCAGCCUCUAAACAGAACCCUUCAUUACUUUUCAUAAUAGCUUUGCUGUUAUGGAGUUUGACCGCAUAUUUCGGAUUAUUAGAAACGAAUGUUAUCGUCAUUAGCGAAAAAACAAAGGGCUUGAGAUCCAACAGUAUCUACUUUCUUCUAUUUCACCAUGUAUUAUUAUCUAUCCAGAUUAUUAUUAUUAUUAUUAUUAUUAUUAUUAUUAUUAUCUAACAGUAGUUGCCAAAGACAUAUAGAUUCAUUCCGUUUUGUCCAUUUGCGUUCAUGCCAGCGUUUACAUUAAAACAACCUUGUUUGAUGGGAGAUAAACAGAGUUGAUUGGCAAUGUGCUACACUUUUCCCAGUUUACAUCAUCGCUUCGCCAUAUGCUGUAUUUUCCAUAUCUGUAUGUGACAACUGGAGUUCCUCACGGAGGUUGGUUUGAGGUCUGUUGCAUUGUCGGUCCUUUGUGUUCGUGCGGACUUAUCAACCAACAGGAGUUGUUCUUUAUGCAGGUGCAAUAGGUGAAGACAAUCACAUACUUGGGUUGUCCUGGGAAAAAAAAAAAAACAGUUAAAAUAGUGCUACUCAUACUUAAAGGGAAAACUUUUUCAAGGACAGCCCACACAUUUAACAUAUUUAAUAUCUUUUUGAAUAUGAUUUGUACUAAUAUACUCUAAAGAGUUUCAAAUCAGUCAAAGAAACACUGAAGAGAAAAGCUUGCUACUGUAUUUUUUUAUAGAACGCUUAGUUAUAUAUACGAUAGCACUCCUCUUAUUUUCAGAGUCCAUUUUACACUGUGACUGUUCAUUUCUAACCAUAUAUAAGCUAAUGUGCUUGACGAGCCAAUUUUAGGAUACUGCCUCCUACACACAAGCCCUCUAGACACAGCAAAUUUGCAUAAACUGAAAGUUCACAUUUUUUGCCAUGUCAGAUGUAUGUUUGGAAAAAAAAAUAAAGAAAGAAAAUUCUUGUGUUUGUGCUCAAUGUGAAAAAAAAAAAUCCUUGAGGUGUUGAAGGUAAUUUAGUGUUUACUCUUAAUGGUGGUUAAUUGGAUAGAGUAAAACUUGUGAGACUUUCUCCUGUGCUCACCUUGUUGUCUUGCAAUGGCUCGAUAUGUGUGCUAGCAUUUAGUUUAAGCAGUGGUCUCUGGUUCGAACCACUGAAGGAGUUUGAUAUUGCUGUACCUGCUGUGUGAAAAAAAAACACUGAAACACUACUUUGUCUUUUUGUGACACAUUUACUAUUGACGAGAUCCUUCCUUUAUAUUAUUAUUAUCAUUAUUAUUACUAUGUGUAAGUGCUACUACUUGCUGCAAAGUAUGCUGAAAACGGGCAUUCACAUGUAUUCAUUUUCACUGUUGAAUCCCUGUUUUCAGUCACAUUUCAUUAUUUUGAAUGUCCUGAAGAUAAUCGCCAUGUUUGUUUUCACCCUUGUUGUUUUGUGUUUUGUAAGACUGUAACAUUUAGUUUUUAUUUUUUUAAACAUAUACAUAUAUAUAGACCCACAGCACAUUUCUUUUGACAUUUAUUAUAUAUUUGUGGAAGGAUACCUGAAUAAUUAUUAGGGUCAUGAACUCUUUUUGUUGCUGAAAUAUUGAAAAGGUGUGAAACAAUUUAACCUGUUUUUUUUUUAUGAGUUAUGUUUGUAAAUAUUAACAAUGUAUCUGAUGUGUGGAAAAAACAAAAAAAAACUAGUCAUGCAGUUUAACAUUAAACUUCACAAACUACCCA